AUGAAGCUCGCUGUCCUGCUCGCCCUGGUCACCCUGGCUCUCUGCUGUAGCUCUGCUUCUGCAGAAGUCUGCCGUAGCUUUCUAAAAGUCAUUGAACACCUCUUCAUGGGCACUCUUUCUGGUUUUGAAGCUGCAAUUCUACCUUUCAACCUUGAUCCCAACAUGAUAGAUGCCAGCACCCAGAUGAAGAAACUGAUGGACAGCCUCUCCCAGAAUGUCAAAAAUAGCCUCAUGAAGCUCACGGUAAACAGCUUCCUUCGCUUACACUAUGAGAAGUGGGUUUCCAAAGUCCCUUAG